AUGAAAGAAUAUCCAAUGCCCGGUGGUGUUCCAGUCUCACAUGGUAAUCUUAAUGGGGAGGACUUAGAUAGCAUCUUUGGCUUUAUCGAGGCGUAUGUCGUCUGUCCUAAGACUAUCAAAAAGCCCUUUCUUCCCUAUCGAGACCAAAAUGACACUCUUAUCUUUCCAACAGGGGAAUUUAUUGGUGUCUACUAUAGCGAAGAGUUAAAGUAUGCAAGAGACUUAGGCUACACAGUGAUCCCAAUCUCCGGCUACCUUUUUGAGAAGAUGGAAAGCCCCUUCCGGGACUUUGUCAGCCAACUUUUUCAGAACAGGGUUGAGGCAAAGAAGAAAGGAAAUGAUGCCUUGUCAUAUGUAUACAUGCUCAUUAUGAACACUCUCUAUGGGAGAUUCGGCAUUAACCCUAAAAGCACCAUUACCGUGAUCUGCUCUAAAGAGAGAUACUUUGAUUUGAUCUGGCAUAGUGACUUAAUUUUCGGUGACAGGCUUAGCGAGACAUACAACAUCAUUUCCUACCAUAUCAAUACCGAAAAAAGCACGGAUUAUUGGGUACCACCAAAAAACGUUGCUGUACAACUAGCUGCUGCUAUCACUGUAUCCGCUAGGAUCUAUAUGUACCCCUUUAUAUCAAGAGAGGACUGCUACUACACGGACACUGACUCGGUUGUGCUUGGGCAUCAACUGCCUAGUGAUGUGAUUUCUUCUUCUGACUUAGGAAAGUUUAAGCUAGAGGAUGAAAUAAAGAUGGGAUACUUUUUAGCACCCAAAUCCUAUGGUUACUAUAACAUUGAGGGUCAAUUUAUCUUUAAGUUCAAGGGACCAGCUAAAAACCAAAUUCAACCUUCAUUCUUUGAGCAACUAUAUUUAGAUCCAAACCGGGAAAUACUCUUUCAGGCGGAAUUUCCCUUCCGGGUCAAUAAGCACACCCUUAACAUCUUCAAGAAAGACUCAUUCGUCAAAGUGGGAAUUAAGCUGGGCAACAAGAGGUUCUUUUCUACGGUAUCCAACAAUACUUGGGUCACUAACUCAUUGAGUGAUUUGCCAUUAAAAGAUGAAGAUAAAACCAAAUUAAUAAGGUUUUGGGAGGAGUUUUACCAAUAUUAUUUGAGCAAAAAAGAACCACAAAGAGGAACAAACUAUAAAGCAUCUAAUUCUGGCUUGUACAAAGAAGAAGUGUUUUCCCUUUUAGAAAGCAAAAAAGGUAAAUUAACUGAAGACGAAUUAUGUGAUCUCCAAAUUACUAUUGAGGAUAAAACUAUGAACUUUGAUGAGGAAUUGAUCUAUAGUAGUACUAAAAACAUUAUCAAACUUUUAAUUGCGAAGGAACUAGAAUGUGCUAGGGACUAUCUUAGGAAAUGGGGGUUUGAAGCUGAUGAUAUGGAAUUGCUUUCUGAGUUUGGUCAAUAUACGCUUGAGGCACUAAUAGUUCAUGUUCUAGCAAUUGUUUUUAACCCCAAUGAUUCCCAGGUUAUGGUUCGUGUUGCUACUUUGGUUGAACACUUAGAGAAAAUCGUUCACUUACAAGCUAAAUUAUUUAAAUGCAGAAGGUCUAAACUAGAUUUUUCAUCUCUGAAAGCCAUGGAAGAUGGGGAGAAUCAGCGGAAAAAAAAAAUUAGCUAA